UUGUUUCCGGGAAAAGACAGCAUUUUGUAUAGCUAGUAAAUAAUGAUUAUAACAACUUCUCUCUUGGAUUUAUUUAGUUCAAAAAUGUUGUGUAAAUUCAAUUGUUAAGAGGACUUGAAUCGAAAUAACGAAACAAUUUCGUCGAUACUACUAGUAUUACUAGUAAGGUGGGGUUAGGUAGCUAGACUACCAACAAUGUUCACAAAUGCGGACGGUAGUAGCUAACUCUGGCUGGCUAGCUUGUUGGUGGAUACAUUGCCACCUCCAUAAACCUAGAUAGCUAACGUUAGCUAACUGGGUUGCUAGCCAACUAUCAUGCGAUUUUAUUGAAUACAUUUUUUUUUUUUUUUAUCACCGAUGCGUUCGGUGUUUCUGUUGUUUUGGAGAGAGCUUCAGGAAACAUCGAACAAGUUAGCUCUACAGUUUUUAUUGUUAGUUACACGUAGUAGUACCCUAGCUUGCGACGAGGUUCCACUUCAGUUGCGUUAGCUAGCCGGCAACCAUCAUUACAGGCCACGCUAGUACUGUGGUAGGCUGGCGAGCUAACGUUAGUUUAGCUUGCCGGCUUGUUUUUGGUGUACUCAUACCAAUGAUGGCAUCUUCGUCUGGAAACGAUGAUGAUCUUACCAUACCCAGGGCAGCUAUCAACAAAAUGAUAAAAGAAACUCUUCCUAAUGUAAGGGUUGCAAAUGAUGCCAGGGAGCUCGUGGUGAAUUGUUGCACUGAAUUUAUCCACCUCAUCUCUUCCGAGGCAAAUGAAAUUUGCAACAAAUCCGAAAAGAAAACUAUUUCUCCAGAACAUGUUAUAAACGCGCUUGAAAGCCUUGGUUUCGCAUCCUACAUCACCGAGGUGAAAGACGUCCUACAGGAAUGUAAAACAGUAGCGCUUAAAAAAAGAAAGGCGAGCUCCCGUCUGGAAAACCUUGGCAUUCCAGAAGAAGAGCUUCUCAGACAGCAGCAGGAGUUAUUCGCGAAGGCACGCCAGCAGCAGGCAGAGCUGGCCCAGCAGGAGUGGCUGGAGAUGCAGCAGGCUGCACAACAGGCACAGUUAGCUGCAGCCUCCGCUAGUGGGGGUCUCCAGGCCUGCUCCUCUCAGGAUGAAGAUGAGGACGAUGAUGUGUAACCAACAGGGCAGAACGUGUUGCACCGGUUGCCACCCUUGAUCUCAGCUCAUUGAGGCCAGCUCCGACUGUGCUAGCCUCCCCUGCACUUUUGACUUUCAGCCCAGACUGCCUUGACCAUUUCAUAGUGGAGAUUUCGGAGUCAGAUUCUGUUUGUCUGAAGGUAACUUUGUUUUUUGUCCCUCCGUUAUGUAUGGGCUAAGACCUGGCAAAAGUGAAAUAUUCAUAAACUUUUGGUUUAAGGUACAAUAGGUAAUUUCUGACUUCUAAUGUUCAAGGGAGGAAUAGCAGCAACAAAAACCUUCAAACCACAACACUGUUUAUCCCUCCCUAUUCUCUGUAAACAUGCUGACAUUUGAACGCCAUUGGCUAUGGCAACUAGAACCAAUUUCAACCAAUGAACUUGAAUUAUUAUACAAUGUUUUGGUACAGAGUGUCGGCCAUCAACUGUAUAUUUUGAAACCCAAAUUUAAGGACUAUAAACAAAGGCAGAGGGUGAGUCAACAUGUCAGUGAGCCUUUUUCAAUUAUAGGAAGGGAUUUGCAAUGUUCUAAUAACAAUGUUUUAACACAAAUCUUACCUAUUGUACCUUUAAGGUAGAGGGAGCACUUUUAACCUCCUUUUUAAAGUCAGUUGUAUAUAUUAUUUUCCUUUUGUUUGAUUAAAAUGUUCUGUUGAAAAAAACUGCAACAAAAUGUUCUUGCUGAAUGAGGAUAUUGUUGUUUUUCCUGGUAAAUUAUUUUCCCUACAAAACCUUUUUAUGUAAAGUGAUUUUUCAUUCUCCCUAAUUGAUGCACGCAUUAUGCAUAGAGUUUAGCUCUAAAACACUUCCAGGCCUGUGUGUGAUAUAAACUCAGUUUAACUUGUGAAUAUAGUUUUAAAAUUAUGCUUUCGGUUACUUCUGGGUUUCUAGUCAUGCUUUGGUGUACGUAGGUUUUUGGCUUAUUCCAUCCCUUUUCAGUAUUGCUGUCGCUGCUUGCGGAAGUAGUCUAAAUGAGGUAGGAAAUACUUUUUGCUAGAACCAAAGAGAGGAGAGGGAGCACUGUAGGUGAUGGAGUAAAUGUUUGAUCGCUGUUUUGCAUUUGUUCCUUCUAUAAGAAAGAAAAAGAAAAGGUUUGGUUUGUACUGUAUGUACCCUUACUGUCAAGUAAACGGGAACUUUCAUUUUGUAAAACGUUAUUUUGAUAUCUACGUUUUUUUUUCUUUUCCAUUGCGAGGCAUAAAAGUUCCAUUGUGAAUGUGUGGUGAAAUCCAAAGUGAUGAUGAUUGACAUCCAAUCUCAUGCCUUCUCAUAAUUUCUCUAAGCAAUAAAGUUGACAUGUUUCGUAAAAGUAAAA